CCCUUGCUCCUCGACUCCCAAAACCUACGCUCCUCCGCCUUCUUCCAUCUCACAAAUCUUGCAUUUCACCUCGCAUGGCGCUCUCCGUCGCCAGACUCAAGCACAGGUCGCUCGUAAAUCCCUCUCUCUUCCACCUGUUCUCCACUUCUUCUUCAAAUGACCAGAAUGACUCCGACAACAACGAUACCCCACAAUCAGAGUUCCAGCGCCGAUCCUCCGUUCCGCCUCCUACGGACCCCAACGAUGCAUCCUCGCACUCUCGCCGUGAGGAGCCUAUCUUGCACCGAGAACUGUACAAGCGUAAUUUUCUUGCAAAAUUGGAGAAUGCAGCCGGAGGUACGGAAUCCAGGCCCUCAAAACCCUCUGCGAAUCUUUCAUUAGAUGAAAUCAUGGAGCGUAUGCGACAAUAUAGGCGGGAAAGAAUGGAACGCAGAGGUGAACUGCGGCAAUUUGAGGAGGAGGAGGCCGCCUUGCGGGAUUCUGGCUUUUCAUUUGAGGACGCGCUGGACACCUUGAAUAAGCUUAAAAUGACGGAUGAUGAGAAGGCCAGAAAGACUUCAAAUAUGGAUACAGAUAUCUUCACCCCGGAUGAAGAUAUUGCUUUGAUUUCCAGUUGGCUUAACACAAGAAUGAAUCCAAGCGUUAGAGCAGACCAAAAAGGGCAAACUUUUUGGUCCAAGGUUGCAAACAAUUUUUAUGAAAAUGUGACUGGAUUGAGUCGUGAACGUACAGUACGUUCGUUGGUGCGUAGGUGUGUACAUAUCCAACACGCCAUGAAUGAAUUCAUGGUGUUUGUAGCUAUGGUUGAGAAUUCACGCCCUUCAGGGUAUAAUGAACAAGAUAAGAUUCAGAAGGCGAAGGCUAGGUAUCUAGAAGUUGUAGGGAGCACAUUCAAGUUUGAGCAUUGUUGGAAUAUAUGGAGUCUCCAAUCGAAGUGGCUUGAAACCAAUGGGGUUGACGGAAGAAAGAAGCCAACCAUAACAUAUAUAUAUUUGUCUUAAUGGAAAAAAUUUAUUCAAGCCCCAAAGGGGAGCAACCCACAACUACAUCAAGGACGAACAGUUAAUAAGAUCAAAAACAUUUCUAGGGAAAUACAGACUCCAGAAUUUUAGACAAUCAAACCAUGUUUCAAUAAAAAAGUCUAGGGAGGAAUCCUUAUUUUCAAA